AUGCUCUCCUGUAGACGAGGCAAGGAGAACUACGAGUUCUACGAGCUGGCGAAGAUACUCCCCCUGCCGGCAGUCAUCACCAGCCAGCUGGACAAGUCGUCCAUCAUUAAGCUGACCAUAAGCUACCUCAAGCUAAGGGACUUUUCCGGACAUGGCGACCCCCCAUGGAGCAGCGAUCCACCGCCGACCUGUAAAGCACUGAAAGGUAUCUUUCGUCUGUACCUCGCGCUAGGG